AUAGUGGUAACAUAGUUGGAUGGAUGAUGUUUAUGGAAGGAUAGAGGUCUUUCCCCAACACUUCCUACCAUCACGAGAAUCCAUGGAGACUGCUGGUGGUCUAUCCACGAGUGAGAGUAACCUGGAUUCUCCACCAAGUGCACGCAGGCGUUCCUGGACUCCAAAACGAGUUAUGGGAGCUGCAUCUCUUUUGCAUCUAUUGUCUAUUCCUCGAAUUAGAUGGUCGACCAUCAACGAGGAUGAUGACAAGGUUCAGUUAACCAGAGCUCAAGUAGAAUCAUUAAAAACUGAGAUUGCUGAUGCUGAAGAGAGGGAAUCUCAGUUAAAAGCUCGGUUGGAAAAUAUUGACGAAGUUUUGAGAUAUGCACGCCUUUCUGGGUAUCUCAAUAUUAGAAGUAGAUGGACUCAACUUCCUGGAGAGCCACCUAUUCUAGAUGAUGCCGAUGUUGAUGAUUGGCUUCCCCGGUUUGUUGUUCUACAAGGGCAAUGUGUAUACUAUUAUCUGAAAUCUACAGAUCUGAGUCCACAAGAAUCUACGCUGCUGAGCGAUAUUGUGGAAGUGGGGCAGCUUCCAAAUUUUGUGCCAGAAGAUGAGAAAACAAGAUAUGCAUUCUACAUAAUGACCAGUCAAGGUUUGAAGUUCGAAUGCUCGAGCAUGUCUGAGAUACAGGUGGAUUCAUGGGUGAGAGCGCUAAGAGGAGAUUGUGGAUUAUCGUACGGUGCUGGUGGGGAGGGUAGGAGUAAGUCAAGCAAGCAAGAAGUUGGUUCAUGUGAUCCCGGUGGUACUAUUAAUAUCCUAAUUCACUGCUCGUGCAUAAAAGAAGCAGAAGAGGAGGGCAAUCGGGUUGCUGACGUGUCGUGCCGUCAGCCACUCAGAGGCCACCGACACCGACGACGCCGGCGAGGCCACACCCAACCACUGUAUAUCAUAUCAUCUUCCACCACUAGUACUACUACAACACCUCCCAGUAUUAGUGGAGAUCGAUCGAUCGCUCGCCACGCCGGAACCCUAGCCCCCGCCGCCGCUGCCAUGAGCUCCUCCAAGCUGUACCAGUCGGCGUGCAAGGCCGCCAGGUCUCUCCUCUCCGCCGCCUCCCCGCGCUCCUCCGUCCUCGCCGAGGGGAGGAACGCUGCGCUGGCGACGCUCACCAACCUGGGGAGGAAGACCGUCCCCACAGCCUACUCCUACCACAACUCGGGCGCCUCCACCGGACCCGCCGGAUGGCUCCCCACCAUCGCUGCCAUCCCUGCCGCGGUUUACAUGUUACAGGAUCAGGAGGCGCAUGCUGCAGAGAUGGAGCGCACCUUUAUCGCCAUCAAGCCUGACGGCGUCCAAAGGGGCCUGAUUUCUGAGAUAUUGUCCCGAUUUGAAAGAAAAGGAUUCAAGCUUGUUGCCGUCAAGCUGGUGGUUCCAUCCAAAGAAUUUGCUCAGAAGCACUAUCAUGAUUUGAAAGACAGACCUUUCUUCAAUGGAUUGUGUGACUUCCUUAGCUCUGGCCCUGUACUUGCCAUGGUUUGGGAAGGAGAGGGUGUUAUUAAGUACGGGAGAAAGCUGAUCGGUGCUACAGACCCACAGAAGUCCGAACCAGGAACCAUCAGGGGUGACCUUGCUGUUGUUGUUGGCAGAAACAUAAUCCAUGGAAGCGAUGGCCCAGAGACAGCAAAGGCUGAGAUUGCUCUCUGGUUUGAACCCAGGGAGCUGGUCUCUUACACUAGCAACGAGGAGAAGUGGAUCUACGGGGUUAACUAACUGGCGAAUCAUCUUGUUAUUUUUUUUCAAAAAAAAAAUCACCUUCACUUUCCAUAAUUACCUCUUGAACACUGAAGAGUGUAAUAAAGGUACGAUCGCGACCUUUGGGUUAUGCCAAUGCCCAUGUGACCUGACGCAAAUAAGGCCCGAAGAAGAAUUGUAUACCUUCAAAUGUAGAGCGUGCACUGAGUAAUCAAACUAUCUAUCGCCUUCAGUCAGGUGAUGCCGCUUCCCUUCGUUUCUUUCCUUGUUUAUUAUUAUUGGUAUCAUAAGCUUUUGUCUCUUCUC